AUGUUGGCAAGGGUAUUGCAGAAAGUGGAAUCCACCAAUACCUUUUGCAAGGAGACGAGAGAUGAAGUGAAAUCAAUAGGGAAAGUUGUAAGUUCUCACUCCACCUCCAUUAAACAAUUGGAGUCUCAACUUGGCCAAAUCUCGGCUAUCCUUAACCAAAGGCAAAAAGGCACACUCUUUAGUGAUACGGUUGCAAAUCCAAGGAAUGAUGGUGAUCAUAAAGUCAAUGCAAUCACUACUAGGAGUGGCAAGAUAAUUGGGGGAGAGGCAUUGGUGAAAGAUGAUGUGGUGGUUGAUGAUGAGAAAAUGGUUGAAGGACCCAUCGUUAUUGAGGAAGAAGUGACUCUAAAGAAGAAGCAUGCUAGUAUUGAAAAGCCCAUUAUUGUUAAAGAUGGUCCAAAAAUUGAUGAAGCUUCAAAAAGCAAGGAAGCGGUAGAGGAGGUGCCAAGGGAUUUACCGCUCGUUCCAAGGCCUCCUCCUCAUUUCCUUGAACGAUUGGCAAAGAAAGCGAAUGAUGGAAAAUUUCUCAAGUUUAUCGAGAGAUUGAAAGAGCUUUCAAUUAACAUUCUCUUAGUGGAAGCACUAGAACAAAUGCCCGGUUAUUCCAAAUUCAUGAAAGAUCUUGUAACCAAGAGGAUACAUGCUAGUUUUGAAACAGUGGGAGUUACACAUCAUUGUAGCUCUAUUGUGACGAAGGCCUUGGUUAAAAAUAAAGAAGAUCUGGGAGCUUUCACCAUUCCUUGCACAAUUGGCAUGUAUAAGUUUGCCAAAGCACUGUGUGAUCUUGGAGCAAGCAUUAACUUGAUGUCGCUCGCUAUUUUUAACAAGUUAGGUUUGGGCACUCCCCGACCCACAACAAUGAGGUUGCUAAUGGCGGAUAGAACCGUGAAGAAGGCGGUUGGUAUCCUCUAUGAUGUGCUUGUGAGAGUUGAUGGGUCAUUUUUUCUGCCGACUUUGUGA